GACAAAGAAGCCGGCAUUGACAGCGUCUGGGUAGAGAGUGGGAUCACAGACCUCGACACAAGCGACGUGAUUUAGCACAUAGAUAUAUAUUUUAGUAACUAUUCCUUAAGUUAUUUGCGUCAUCAUGCCUGGGUUUUCCGACAGAGACCGCGGAAGAGAUAGAGGCUUUGGCGGUGGCCCUCGCUUUGGUGGCAGCAGGAGCGGAGGAGGUCCCCCCGGAAAGAAAUUCGGAAAUCCUGGAGAGAGACUCCGGAAGAAGCACUGGAAUCUUGACGAGCUGCCAAAAUUUGAGAAGAACUUUUACCAGGAGCAUCCCGAUGUUACCCGGAGGACUGCGCAAGAAGUUGAACUGUACAGAAGAACCAAAGAAGUCACAGUAAAAUGCCGGGACUGCCCAAACCCCAUAAUGAAGUUCCACGAAGCAAGCUUCCCAACUUAUGUAAUGGAUGUGAUUACCAAACAGAAUUUCACAGAACCAACUCCUAUCCAAGCACAAGGGUGGCCAGUAGCCCUGAGUGGAAAGGAUAUGGUUGGGAUUGCACAAACUGGAUCUGGGAAAACUCUCUCGUACCUGUUGCCAGCGAUUGUACACAUUAACCACCAGCCUUUCCUGGAGCAUGGUGAUGGACCGAUUUGUCUAGUGCUGGCUCCAACGAGAGAAUUGGCACAACAGGUGCAGCAGGUUGCUGCUGAAUAUGGAAGAGCAUCACGACUGAAGACCACAUGCAUCUAUGGUGGUGCUCCCAAAGGACCACAGAUCCGUGAUUUGGAAAGAGGAGUGGAAAUCUGUAUUGCAACACCUGGAAGAUUGAUUGACUUUUUAGAAGUUGGAAAGACUAAUUUGCGCAGAUGUACUUACCUGGUGCUGGACGAGGCUGACAGAAUGCUUGACAUGGGCUUUGAACCACAAAUUAGGAAGAUUGUGGAUCAGAUCAGGCCCGACAGGCAAACCCUUAUGUGGAGUGCAACCUGGCCCAAAGAAGUACGCCAGCUGGCAGAAGAUUUCUUGAAGGAAUACAUUCAGAUCAAUGUUGGGGCAUUGCAGCUCAGUGCAAACCAUAACAUCCUGCAGAUUGUUGAUGUGUGCAAUGACAGUGAGAAGGAUGACAAACUUCUCCGCUUGCUGGAAGAAAUCAUGAGUGAAAAGGAAAACAAGACUAUUAUCUUUGUGGAGACCAAAAGACGCUGUGAUGAACUUACAAGGAGGAUGAGGAGAGAUGGGUGGCCAGCAAUGGGUAUUCAUGGUGACAAGAGUCAGCAAGAACGAGACUGGGUUCUGAAUGAAUUCAAGUAUGGGAAAGCACCAAUCCUAAUUGCCACAGAUGUUGCUUCCAGAGGUCUAGGGCCUAGGCAUGACAGUCCGAGGACUCGAGAGGGGGAUGGAGGACUAUUGGAAGUGGUCGACUGGAUGCCACCCAGUCGAGUAGACAGAUGAAAUGCUGAGAACUCGGCAUUGUGUGCCAGUAAUCUUCAAAAGGCAGAGUGGCCAGCCUAAUUCUCCAUAAAUAUCUGUUCUCUUGCCAUGGAUUACAUGAGACUCGAUCCCUGCAUUCACCGCUAGCGCUGUUCCUAAGUCUCGUUCUGUCCCAUGCCUUGCAUGUUUGUCACAGAGCAUUUCGUUGUUGCAUAAUUAAGUUUAAAUUUAGAUAUUUAAGCCUUGGUUUUGAGUUUACCAAACUGUUGCAUAAACCCGGCUCUUAUUGCCUAACAGAUGUAAGUUCCUGUUUCAAAACAUUCCCAUUAUAUUCAAGUGGAGAGAGCAGUUUUAAGGUUAUCGUUUUGCACCUUUGUAUAAAAUUGGUGAGUACUGGCACAUAGCGACUAGUGGGACAUCUAGUAAGAGCAACUGGAAAAUAAAAGCUCACUCUAAAUUCCAUGAUCGAGUUCCUCCCCCGUCUGCGUUUUUAAAGUCAUGUCGAGACCUGCCAACGAGAGACAUUUUCUCAAGUGAGUACUGGCUUCUUGGAAGAUCUUGCCUUGACGACUUGAGGGUUUUUACUCUAGUACAGGGGGUCUUUUUUUUUUUUCCUCCUUUUUUCCCCCCUCAACUUAUUUUUUUGGUCUUUUAAUGGUCUUGGCAAGACAAGCAGUGUGGCCUUUAUAGCAAGCUUCUUAUGAGUGUGUAAUGGAAAAGGGACCUUCAAUGACUUAUCAACUGUAAGGUCCUAUUGGCACAUGAGGAGGCUACAGUGCACAUAGCGGCCCUACUGCGUAGAAGCACCUGGAUGUCACUUGACAAUUUGUGGGGAGUUCGCUGACUUGGGAAUGGACUAGUGAAUGCAUACUCCUUUACUGGUAAGAUCUAAACACCCUAGUUUCUUUUUUUUUUUUUUUUUUUUUUUUUAAUUUUUAUUUUUUUGGGGGUAAUUGCUGGCAGCAAAUGGAGUGUGCAUCGUUUCUCUUUUCCCACAGUAGUAUUCCCGUGGAACUAAAGUAAAUUUUAAAUAGAUUAAGAGUUGGAUGUUAUGCUAACGCUAAUUCUUUACAGCCCUGGUAAUGUCUAAUGUCCUGGUUUUUGCUAACUUGUGUUUUUUGGUCUGGCUGUUGUGGUGUGCAAAUCUUUUUUUGUACAUUUCCCUUUUGCCACACUGCAACACUUUACAGAUGUGGAAGAUGUGAAAUUUGUCAUCAAUUAUGACUACCCUAACUCUUCUGAGGACUAUAUUCACC